UCGCUCUAUCCACGGCGCGGCACCGAACUUCACCAGCAAGCUCUCGAGCUUUUGCCUUCGACCUGCGCUCGGAAAUGGCGUCUCACGCUCUCUCCAAGCUCCCGCCGUCGACCGCCCACGCUCGGUCCGCUCACCGGCCGGGGCUGGCGAGCUCGUUCGGAUUGCCCAACGCGUGGCUCGGCAUGCGCGACUUCUCGCUCCGUUCGGCGGGUCUCGCCUGUCGACCGCCGAGGCCGCGCCCGAUCAUCGCCACCGUCGCCUUCAGCCUCCCGACCGCAAAGCCGGAGAGGGUCUCUUCCGGUGAGAAUGUUCCCAGAUGGUCGAGGAGGGCAAUAAAGUCGUUUGCUAUGGGUGAACUCGAGGCGAGGAAGCUGAAGUAUCCGACUACUGGAACUGAGGCACUUCUUAUGGGAUUACUUAUUGAGGGGACUAACUCUGCUGCUAAGCUUUUGCGGGCAAAUGGAAUUACACUUUUCAAGGUGCGGGAAGAGUCCAUGAAGUUGAUUCCAAAGGGUGACAUGUAUUUUUUCAGCCCUGAGCAUCCACCACUGACUGAAGAUUGCCAAAGGGUACUUGAUUGGGCUGUUGAUCAUAAAUUGAAGUCUGCUGAUGGCGGAGAGAUCACGACGAGCCAUUUGCUUCUCGGUAUCUGGUAUGAAGUGGAUUCACUGGGCCACAAGAUACUAGCUGCCCUUGGUUUCGAUGACAGCAAAGCCAAAGAGCUGGAGUCUCAAAUUAGCAAACCAGAAUACGAGGGCUAAUGGGUUUCCUCCCCCUCGAUUCUCUUUUUAAUUCUUAUGCGGGUGUCCGGGUUUUCUUGGUAGGUUGGGACGCUCAAACUUGUCUCCCCAAUAUGUUCAGUCCCUAAUGCCUCGCACAGGCUGGCACGGCCGGAUGAUUUCUUGACCAUUUUUGUUUCUUGAUUGUUGUGACGUUGAGAUUCUUUGAAAAAUUAGAUGGAUCCAUCAUGUCUGUACCAAGGUCUUGCAUUCUGAACAACUCUCAUUUUGGGACUUGAGUUUCUGCUCUUUAUGGAGAAAAAAUUGAGUGGUUUGCGAGUGACAUAUUAA